UUGUUUUUUCUAUUUCCAUUUUUUGAAAAAACCAAAUUGCCGUAUAGCUAUGUGAAAAGGUUUGUGAAUAUGAAUCUAACAUAGUAGUGAAAUUAUAUUAGCAGACUGUCUCUACAUAUCCACAAAUAAAAAAAAACGAAAAAAAUGAAGUUAAACGAUUUUUAAUCUAGCACGAAUCUGCAUAAAAAGAAAAAAAACAAUAUGAUAUAUGCGCCAUGCUGGUAUGUUGUAAUUAUCUCUAACGCUGUGUUCUAUCACAGAAAAGCMCAGCACUUGCUAAAAUAAGGCUGCCAGUAGCCGGAAAUCGAUAAAUGGCGGUCUGAGUCAAUUUAUGUUAUUUACCGUCUGAUUUAGAGUGAGUAUGUGCGAGAGUUAUUAGUAAAUAUGAAAAAUAAAAGAAAAGAAUUUAACUCUAAAGAUAAUUUGAGUUGAUUUAUAGCAUCGAAUAACUCUUUAUUUAAUAGUGAUUAGCAAGUUCUAUUAUUGGCGGUAGUCCGUCCCACGUUCCCAGCUUCUCUACAUUCAUUGGACGAAUCAGUUGAUAACAAAACAGCCGUUGUUCAAAUCGACUUCCUUUUUAAUUGGAACUUCUUUGAUCCAAGAUUUUCUCUCAAAUUCUCAAUAUUAAACUCAAACGCUGGUCUAGAACACAGGCAGUCAAGUACAAAAAGCUAUGGCAUCGAGUUCUGAAAGCGUUCCCUCUAAAUUAACAGACAGCAACCACGUUCAACGAAUGAGAAAAGCCUUUGAAAGAGCAGACAGCGAUUUGAGCGGGAAAAUUGCUCGCGCUCAGUUCACUACAGCAGCACAAGCAGCUGGUCUCGAUCCAAGCGAAAAGGACGUCGACUGUGUGCUCCAGCAAUUCGACAAAGAUGAGGAAAGUGGAAUUAACUUUGAAGAGUUCAUUGAAAUGCUGUCACACUUAGAAUCAGGAAAAGAAGAAGAUUACGAAGAAUGCUUGCGGAAAGCUUUUAGGCAAAUCGACCGUGACGGAAGUGGUUACAUCUCUCCUGAGGAGUUGCGUUACGUGGUAUGUAACACAGGUGAAAAGUUUACCCAAAGCGAGGCRGARGAGUUGAUUGRCAUGUUCGACGUCAAYAAAGACGGUGAGCUGAGCUGGGAAGAGUUYGUUACGUUCAUUAAGAGUAGUAUUAUGGAAGAAGAAGAAGACGAGAAGCUCAUCACCACAGAGAAAGCAGAAGAAAUAACAGAGACCAACAAAGACAUUGAAAACAACAAACUGUAACACAAUUCACGUCACGCUUUAGAAAGUAACGCAAUACACACCAUUAGGGUAGAAAAGCAGUAGUUUUCCACAUUUAAAAACAUCGUCUAUACAAAAGAUGUCAUCAGAUGAAGAAGUCAUCGAUCGUAGAAACUUUGUGAAUGAAAUAUUUCAUACGCUU